AUGCUUCGUUCAGCACUCCUCGUGGCGGUUGUGGCCCUGGCCAAUCUCACCAAUGGUCUGCAUUUCUACCUGCGCGAUGGCGAGCAGCAGUGCUUCCUCGAAGAGCUCCCCAAGGGAUUCAUCGUAACCGGCCACUACAAGACCGAAGAGUGGCGCGAGGCCGAUGCGCGGUAUGUCGAGAACCCUGCGAUCGGGGUCACAAUCACUGCCGACGACAACGACGCGUCGCAUCGGGUCAUGAACCAGAAGGGCAGCCACCAGGGCAAGUUUUCGUUCACUGCCGCUGCGGCCGGCCAGCACACGAUCUGCGUGCAGGCGCAGGGCGCCCAGGGCGGCGGCUGGCUGUCGUCGUCGGUCGUCAGGUUCACGCUCGAUAUGGGACUUGGUGAGGCCGACGAUGGUGGCCGGGCGGCUAUUGAGAAGAUCAAGGACAUUUCGCAGAAGAUCAACAUUUUGAAUGCGCAGUUGGAGGAGAUCAAGACCGAGCAAAAGUACCAGCGCGAGAGGGAGCUUGAGUUUGACGGCGCCACGGCCAGCAUCAAGAGAAGGGUGCUGUACUGGGCGUUCAUUCAGCUCGGCAUUGUUGCUGCUGUCUGCUACUGGCAGCUGCACCACCUGCGUCGCUUCUUUGAGUCCAAGAAGCUGGUGUAA